AUGCCCUACUUUGAGUGCCACAUCAGAGGUAGUGAGGGAUAUUCUGGGACAGAAUAAUGUAUCCAUAUCUGGAAUACCAUCAGCUAUGGACACAUCCCUCCUACAGGGGGUCAGCCUUUCUGACACAGUUAAUGCAAGUGAAUACAGUGACAUGGCAGCGCUUGACAUGCAGACACUCCAGGCCAUGGGAGCAGCUGUCCCUACUGCAUCAACAGUGUCUGUGCCUUCACAGCCGGAACCAUCAGUGCCAGAUACCGCCUCCUCAGCACUGGGAUCCAUGAAGAGACCAGCAGGAUGGAGCACUGUCCAGGAGCCAAAAUCCUCGAGACAAACAUUCCUGUUGGGGGAAAGUUAUGAUGAGUUACUCUUCAAAAAACUUAAACUUGAAACUGAAUGUUUAAGUCUUAAGAAGAAAAUUAUGGAAAUUCAACUUCAAAAACUGCAGAAUGAAUAGAAUUUAUAUUUAUACCAUGUAUGCAUAUCACUUUUUAAGGCCAGAGAGUUUACCAUAUGUUUUCAAAAUGUAAUGUAUUCUUUGAAGAGAAAGAUGUGAAACCUAUUUUGACAGAACCAUACUCCUUUUCAGUUUAAAUUUAUCUUCAAUAAUAUAAUAUUGGUUAAUGUGUGAGGUAACAGUGUGUGAAAUGUAACUUCUAUCAAUAGAUACAUUGAUAACAUGUCAUAAUUUGAAUGUGUUUUCAUUCAACCAUAUUCUCAUGUUUUACUACUGCUUACAGCAACAUUGCAUUUCAGGGUUCAAAAUCUUUGUAUUUGGGUGCCAAUGAUAUGGAUAAAAUCAAUAAAAUGUAAGACCUUAGCCGACUAAGCUUGUAACACACUUUUUCCAGUUAAAUAUUU